AUGAGCUCAACGGCGUCUGUUUGCUCGGGACGCACGGCCGGCUCCCCCGCUUCCUUCCUUGGCGAAUCCGAAGGAGUACCUUAUCCUUGUGGUACACCUCGCUCCAAAAGACCCGCAGAAGUGGCGAUCCGCAGCGCAGACGGCGCCGAGUUCUUUGUGCCACGACAGUUCGUCCUGGAUGCGCUCCAGGACAUGUACAGUCCCCGGUCGUCUGCCCCCGCGGCCCCUCCAUCGGACUUGCGGGAGAUGCUGAACGACACGGUCCAGACGAUGAUCGAGCUAACCUCCCCCGACGCGUCUGUCUCAGGGCGCAGCCUCACCUUCAGCUCCCUCAAGCCUGUCCUACGCUUGUUCUGGCACCACAAUUUGAGCUGUCCGUCAUUCGUGCAGGCGGCCCUAGGCCCCGUCCUCGCGCGAGAGCCUCUGCGAGUAUACGCGUUAGCGGCGCAAUACGACCAGGUGGAGCCCAUGCAGGAGGCCGCCCGCGCGUGUCUCCGCCACACGGACGCGCUCGCCGACGCCCCGGAGCUAGACGAAGUCGCCUCACGGCCGUACCGACGACUGCUGCUCUAUCGGCGGGCGUGCGUCCUUGCGUUGAGCGGCCUCCCCUCUUCCUAUCACGACAUAUACGAGACCUUCGGCCGCGACUGGGCGUGGCUUUCCUGUUCGGAAUGUCUCCACAAGGCCCGGUGCGAUCGCGAGGCAUCCUGGUUCCUCGAGUACUACGACUAUGUGCUAGCCGUCCUGGAGAACACCCCUCAUCCUGAUGCGCUCCGCGAGAAGGAUUUGCGCGCGGAAGGCAUCGCACGGGCGGCCACAAGCUGUACCCAAUGCGCAUCCUCUGCGGAGGCCGAAGUGGAUCGCUUCCUGGAGCUGUUGAUUCGACGAGUGGAUCGAAGGAUCUCAAAGGUCACCUUGUAG